ACUGUGGGCUGAAGUAGGAAACGCAUUCUCACGCACCCAGCGCUGAGUCCCGUGUUGAAGAAACCAAAUUUCUACUGCGCAACACAUCCAGAGGUUCGCUCUUAGACGCUAUUUUGCGCUACAAUGUCGAUGACAGUGAAAGCUUACCUUAUCGGUAAGGACGACUGCAACAAGGAGAUCCGUCGCUUUGCCGUGGAUCAGGAUGUCUCAACAAGUUUUGAGUAUUUGAAGAGAAAAGUGCUCGAUGUUUUUGUAGGGCUCAGGACUGCGCCCUUUCAAAUGUCCUAUAAAGAUGAGGAUGGUGACAUGAUUGCAUUCUCCUCUGACGAUGAGCUAAUGAUGGGGUUGGCUCUUGUGAAGGAUGACACCUUCCGUGUCUACAUCAAGCAAAGAAAGGAGCACAAACAUGAUUCCUCACCUCAUGGGGUUCCUGGGUGCUCAUUCAUCCCACCUCAUGGAGGCCCCAACUUUAGCCCCCCAGGACCUAAUCCUAUGGGUCCACCUCCAAUGGGUCCCCCAGGAGCACCUCAUAUGGGUCCUCACCCUCAUCCUCACCACCCUCCUCCUCAUCACCCUCCAAUGCUGCACCCAGGGGUGACCUGUGAUGGGUGCGACGGGCCGGUGGCUGGAACACGUUUCAAGUGCACCGUUUGCCCAGAUUAUGAUUUGUGCUUCUCCUGCCAGGGCAAAGGCCUCCACAAGGAGCAUGCUCUCCUGCCCAUCUUUCACCCUAUGGCCAACAUGUUUGAGUGGUUCCCUCGUGGGAAGUUUUGGCGUAAGAUGAGACACUGCAUGUGGGCAAAUACCCAGGCUCAGGCUCAAGCUCAAGCUCAGGCCCAAAACCAGGCUCAACCAGGUCCAUCUGGAGUCCAACAAAACCAGGAUGCUUCUGAAAGCAUGAAAGAGAAUGGUGCAGCUGCCUCUUCUCAGGCUAAUAUGGAGUACCUGAAGAACAUUGGAGAGGGAGUGGCAGCCAUGUUGAGCCCCCUUGGCAUAGACGUGGACAUUGAUGUUGAGCAUGAGGGGAGACGGACCAAAGUUACACCAACUCCUCCUGCCUCCAGUGGGUCACCUAGUGCUCAGAGUGAGAGUGGCUCCAUAGGGCUUCUCUCCAGAGGGUCUGGUCCAGGAAGUCAGGUUACUGAAGAGAGCAUCAGUGAGGGAACAAAGGGGCUAAAAGACCAAGGUAGUGAUGAGGAAUGGACUCAUCUCAGCUCUAAAGAAGUGGACCCCUCUACAGGAGAGCUGCAGUCCCUCAGGCUGGAGCAGGAUGGGACAGAUGUUCCAGCCCCGCUGAGUACCGACUCCAGCAAAAGUGCCUCGCAGGGUCCCACUGGUCUGCGCGAGGCAGCUCUCUAUCCACAUCUUCCUCAAGAUGCAGACCCCAGGCUUGUGGAGUCUCUUUCUCAGAUGCUCUCCAUGGGCUUUACCGAUGAGGGUGGAUGGUUGACCAGACUGCUCCACACCAAGAAUUUUGACAUCGGAUCUGCCUUGGAUACAAUCCAGUACUCCAAACCUGGCUCGCAGAAGUAGAACGAGCACAGGAAUAAAGAAGACCAGGGCCAUACCUAAUGAUGUUUGAAACUUCUGGCCUAUUUUCUAUUAACACAGUCUUUCCAUAUAUUUUCAAUUACAAAUUCUUCACGUAAUUAUCAAUAUCAAUCACUCAGGUGACUAUAACAUAGUUUAGUUUUUUAUUGGGCUUUUAUGCAAAAUAGAUAUAUUUGUUAACAUUACACUUCAUAAAG